AUGUCUUGGGCAUUUAAAAGGCUCUGCUUUGCUGCUGAGAUGUUUGCUCUUUUGUUCUUCGUGCUGAUGGCGCACACCGCUAAUGGAGACGUGAGCUAUUCUUUCCCGGAGGAGAUGAAACGCGGAUCUGUGAUUGGAAAUAUAGCGAAGGAUCUCGGACUUGAUGUGAACAGAUUGUCAUUUCGUAAGGCUCGCAUUGAUACUGAAGGUAAUAGAAAUCGAUUAUGUGACAUUAAUCUGAACACUGGAGAGCUGACCGUAGCAGAGAGAAUCGACAGGGAGGAGAUUUGUAAUGAAGGGCUUUCCUGUGAACUUAAUUUCGAAUUAGUCCUUGAACAUCCAUUACUGAUACAUCGUGUUAAAAUACAAAUACAAGAUAUUAAUGACAACACGCCUACAUUUCCUAAAGAUACAUUAAAGCUUGAGAUUAGUGAGAAUGCCGUGAAAGGCGCGCGGUUCCGCGUUAAAGAGGCUCAUGAUGCAGACAUAGGACAGAAUGCAGUACAAAGAUAUUCGAUUGAACGCAAUAAUCAUUUCGUUUUAUCAGUUAAUUCAAAGCCGGGUGGUGGCAAAAAUAUUGAGUUGGUAUUAGACAAAGAGCUGGACCGUGAGCAGCAGAAAGAGCUGACAUUAAUUCUGACUGCGGUAGACGGCGGGACUCCACCGAGAUCAGGUACUGUAGCCAUACACGUCACUGUGCUGGAUGCUAAUGAUAAUGCUCCAGUCUUUAGUCAGGCCGUCUAUAAAGUCAGUCUGCCUGAAAAUUCUCCUGUAGAUACUGUAGUGGUGACAGUGAGCGCUACUGAUGCUGACGAGGGACAAAAUGGAGAAGUGACGUAUGAGUUUAGUCGUAUUUCAAAAACUGCGAACACCUUAUUUUCUCUAGAUCAAAAAAACGGGGUAAUUAGAGUUAAAGGUCCCAUUGAUUUUGAGGUGGCUGUAAGGUAUGAAAUGCUUAUUGAGGGAAAUGAUGGAUCUGGUCUUUCCUCGGACACUAAAGUAAUUGUUGAAAUUACUGAUGUUAACGACAAUGCCCCAAUUAUUGUAAUUAAAUCACUGAAUAUCCCGAUUCCUGAGAGCGCGUUACCCGGUACCGAGGUUGGCAUCAUUAAUGUGCAGGACAGAGACUCUGAGAAUAACGGACAGGUGCGCUGCUCCAUUCAGCAAAACGUCCCAUUUAAACUCGUGCCUUCAAUCAAAAAUUACUAUUCUCUGGUGACCACAGGUGAAUUAGACCGCGAGCUGCUCUCUGAAUAUAAUAUUACAAUUACUGCUACUGAUGAGGGCUCUCCGCCUUUAUCUUCCACUAAGAAAAUUCACUUGACUGUAGCUGACGUCAAUGAUAAUCCACCUGUAUUUCAGCAGCAGAAUUACAGAGCUCAUGUGCAAGAAAAUAACAAAGCAGGCUCCUCUAUUUGUUCAGUAUCAGCUACAGACCCGGACUGGAGACAGAAUGGCACUGUAGUUUAUUCUCUGUUGUCCUCUGAUGUCAAUGGCGCACCGGUGUCCUCCUUUUUAUCCAUUAACGGAGACACCGGGGUCAUUCAUGCCGUGAGGUCGUUUGAUUACGAGCAGAUGAAAAGUUUCCAAGUGCUCGUGUUAGCCAGAGACAACGGGUCUCCUCCUCUGAGCAGCAACGUGACCGUGAGUGUCUUCAUAUCGGAUGAGAACGACAACUCUCCUCAGAUAUUAUACCCCUCUCCGGAGGGAAACUCCUUCAUGACCGAGAUGGUCCCCAAAGCUGCGCAGGCGCGCUCCCUGGUCUCAAAGGUGAUCGCCGUGGACGCGGAUUCUGGCCAGAACGCGUGGCUCUCGUAUCACAUCAUUAAAGCGACUGAUCCGGGACUUUUCACUAUCGGUGUCCACAGCGGAGAGAUCAGGACGCAGCGGGACAUUUCUGAAUCUGACAGCAUGAAGCAGAACCUUAUUGUGUCAGUCAGAGAUAACGGACAGCCCUCUCUCUCAGCCACGUGCGCACUGUAUUUACUUGUAUCAGAUAACUUGGCUGAAGUGCCAGAACUGAAAGACAUGUCUCAUGACGAGAGCAGCUCCAAACUGACGUUUUAUUUGAUCAUCGCGCUGGUGUCCGUCUCCACUUUCUUCCUGACCUUCAUCAUCAUCAUCCUGGCCGUGAGGUUUUGUCGCAGGAGAAAGCCCAGACUGUUGUUUGAUGGAGCUGUAGCCAUUCCCAGCGCGUAUCUGCCUCCAAAUUACGCAGAGGUGGAGGGCGCGGGAACUCUCUGCAGCGCCUACAAUUACGACGCAUACCUGACCACGGGCUCGCGCACUAGUGACUUCAAGUUCGUCAGAUCUUAUAAUGAUGGCACGCUGACUGCUGACCUGACUCUGAGAAAGACUCAGUCUUCUGUGGAUGAUCUGGAAGGACUGGAUUCAGAAAUCAAUAAUUCCUUUCAGGUUAAUUUCAACUAUUUUUGCCAAUCUCUUCCUGUGUGA